AUGGACUCGUCUAUGGAGGCUCUGAACGAGAAGUUUUUGCGAACUGGAUUAAAUGAGACCCGUGUUACGGACACGUUGAAGAACAAGAACCUGACGGCUUCGCUGGAUCGUGUCAUUAACUUGGCCGGUGUGGGUGAAACAGGCUGUGAUAAGUCUGUGGGAAACCUUCUUUUGCUUCUCGCAAACGAAGCUGUGAAGCAAAAGAGUGAAAAUGUCUUGAAGCACGAGAAGUACGUCGCCGACCGUAUUGUGAAAGGCGAUUUGAAGACAAACUUGCAAGUCUCAUCAGCCGUUGCUUACUGUAAGACGGCAGACACAAUCGAUGACGCAGCUUUCGACCGUGCUGCUGGCGUUGGUGUCGUUUGCACGGACGAAGAGAUCGAAAAACUGGUUCAGGAGUAUCUUAAUGAACACAAGGCCACUAUUGAGGAGCAACGGUAUCGGUCGUUGAACGCGACAGCUUCCGCUCUUCGUACCCAUCCCGUUCUUAAAUGGGCUGCUCAAUUGAAGGUCAAGCAAACGAUUGAUCGCCUUUAUUUGGCUCUUCUGGGCCCUAAGGAUGAGAGAGAUGUUGUCACGAAGAAGAAGGGCGGUGCUCCGAAGAAGGGAAAUGCAAAGCCCGCUCAAAAAGUACCUAAAACUUACAAUAUGUUCGAGGAAGGCUUCCUCGCCAAACUUCAUAAGGCUGGAGGUAACACACAGAUGUACCCUGAGCGUAUGAAGGAGCAUUUAGCAGCCACUGGUGGUCGCGUUGUAACCCGUUUCCCUCCUGAGCCUAAUGGAUACCUGCACAUUGGCCAUUCCAAGGCCAUUGCGGUUAACUUUGGCUUUGCCAAGUAUCACAACGGUAUUUGCUACUUGCGUUUCGAUGACACAAACCCUGAGGCCGAAGAGCAAGUGUACUUCGAGAGCAUUAAGGAUUUGAUCGCUUGGUUGGGAUUCAAGCCUUACAAAAUUACAUACUCCAGCGACUACUUUGAUCAGCUGUAUGAGCUUGCUGAGAAGCUCAUUUUGAUGGACAAGGGUUACGUUUGCCAUUGUACCGACGCUGAAAUCAAGAAGGCUCGAGGAGGUGAUGAACGCGGUCCUCGCUACGCUUGUGUUCAUCGUAACCGUCCUGUUGAGGAGUCUUUGCAGGAGUUCCGCAACAUGCGCGAUGGAAAAUACAAGCCCAAGGAGGCCAUUUUGCGCAUGAAGCAGGACUUGGAGGAUGGCAAUCCUCAGAUGUGGGAUUUGUGUGCGUACCGUGUGCUCAACGCAUCUCAUCCCCGUACGGGCGACAAGUGGAAGAUCUAUCCCACAUACGAUUUUACGCACUGUUUGGUCGAUUCUUUCGAAAAUAUCUCGCAUUCUCUGUGUACAACUGAGUUCAUCCUCUCUCGUGUCAGCUACGAAUGGCUUUGCAAUACGCUCCAAGUCUACUGUCCUGCCCAACGUGAGUAUGGUCGUUUGAAUUUGGAGGGCGCCUUGAUGAGCAAGCGCAAGAUUAUGAAGUUGGUGAAGGGCGGUCUUGUUCGUGGUUGGGAUGAUCCCCGGUUGUAUACGCUUGUAGCAUUGAGACGUCGUGGUGUACCUCCUGGUGCUAUUCUUGAUUUUGUUAGUGAGGUCGGUGUCACCACUGCCGUUAGCAACAUCGAGGUUGCACGGUUCGAGAACGUUGUUCGCAAGUUCCUUGAGAACAGUGUUCCCCGUUUGAUGCUUCUUUUGGAUCCUCUGAAGAUUACCAUUGAGAAUGUUGAUGAGUCGUUCCGUGAAGAGAUUGAAAUUCCCUUCAACCCCAAGGAUGCCGCAAUGGGUUCGCGCAAGCAGUACUUCACUAAGCAUCUCUACAUUGACCGUUCUGAUUUCAGCGAGGUGACGACGCCAGACUUUUACCGUCUGACCCCCGACCAACCCGUCGGUCUGUUCCGUGUGCCCCACCCCAUCUCUGUGAAGAAGGUAGUCAAGGACGAGAGCGGUAACGUUGUUGAGCUCGUUGCCACUUACGAAAACGACGCUGCCGCCCGUAAGAAGCCCAAGACUUUCAUCCAGUGGGUAUGUGAAGACAAGCAAAGUAACAGUCCUGUCCGCUUAUCCGAGGCACGCCUGUUCAACAACCUGUUCAAGUGCGACAACCCCGCCGGUUUGAAGGAGCAUGAGUUGCAAGAUGCAAUCAAUCCUGAAAGUGAAAUUGUAUUGAAGAAUGCUUUGGUCGAGUCGGGUAUUCACGACCUCAUCAAGACUGCACCCUGGCCUCACUCUGCGACUAGCAAUGAGAAUCCUACUACGAAUCCCGAGUGUGUUCGUUUCCAAGGCAUGCGUGUUGGCAUUUUUGCUUGGACAAGGAUUCGACUGCUGACAAGCUUGUUCUGA